AUUUGUCCUGGCGCGAACUUUCGAGGUUCAUCUCGAAUCAGACGAUGAGCACAGCGGGCCUUCGACGGCAGAUGGCUUAAAGUUAAGAUUCCCCUUCCACGCGCCUGCGACUUCCGUAUAUAUUCGCGCAUACUUCUUCCCAUUUCCUCUAGCGAUUCGGUAACCGAUCCAUAAAAGCGUCGACGAUCAAGCGAUUUUCUUUUGGUCCCAUCAGCUGCAGCUGCACGUCCACACACGCACAGAGAGAGAGAUGUGUUUGGUGUUCGUUUGCGACGAGGACGAGAAGGUGAUCGGGAGGCAGCCGGCGCCGGGGGCGUGCCCGUACUGCGGGGGGAUGAUACAGGCCAUGGACGUGGAGAGCCAGUGGCGCUUCUGCUUCCUCCCUCUCUACUUCCGCACCAAGCGCCGAUACUACUGCACCCUCUGCACCCGCCGCCUCGUCCUCCACCAGUGAUUCUCCGAAAUCCCCAAACCGAUCAAUUGAUCAGAUGAAAAAGACGGGAAGUCCGCUUCGAUCGGAUGAAUAAAAAACCCUCAGGUUCAGGUUAGAAGACGUACGUGCUUUAUCGGAGAAUUAGCGUGUAAUUAAUAUCUAAAUUGCAAUUUUUGUUUUUUCCUUUUCCCUUUUUUUUUAUUUAAUACAUAUGGAUUUUUAUACUUAUGGAUGCUUUCUCUUACAUAAUCCUGACUACAUAAGAACUGAACUUUGGGUUCUAAUGUGCAAAUGGCAGUUUGUGUUUGUGAUGUUCUUCUUA